AUGUCUCUCAAGGGAAAGACUGCCAUCAUCACCGGAGGAGCUAAGAAUCUUGGCGCCGAUAUUGCCAAAGAGCUCGCUGCCCUUGGAGCCAACCUGGCCUUGCAUUACAACUCUACCAAGUCGAAGGAAGAUGCCACAAAGUUCGAAGCUGUGCUCAAGCAGAAGUACCCUGGCAUCAAGUUCCAGUUCUACCAAGCCGACCUCACCACCGAGGCUGCCGUCAACAAGCUGUUUGACUCUGUGAAGAAGGACUUUGGGAGGAUUGAUAUUGUUAUCAACACGGUCGGCAAGGUGCUCAAGAAGCCAAUUCAAGAUGUUACGGAAGCCGAGUACGAUGAGAUGUUUGCGGUCAAUUCCAAAUCUGCAUUCUUCAUUCUCAAGGCCGGCGCUAAAAACGUCGAGGACGGUGGCAAGCUGAUUACCAUUGUCACGGCCCUCCUCGCUGCCUUUACCGGCUUUUACACUUCGUACGCCGGAUCCAAGGCUCCAGUUGAACACUUCACCCGUGGCGUCGCAAAGGAGCUUCAGCCCCGCGGAAUCAGUGUCAACGCAGUUGCUCCCGGCCCCAUGGAUACUCCCUUCUUUUACCCACAAGAGUCUCCCGAGGCUGUUGCUUUCCACAAGAGCCAAGCUCUCGGCGGUCGCCUCACCAAGACCGAGGACAUAGCACCGAUUAUCCGUUUCCUCGUCACGGAGGGUGGCUGGAUCACAGGCCAGACAUUGUUUGCUAACGGUGGCUACACUACUAGGUAA